AUGUGGAAUAUUCUAGAGAUUAUGGCGCCACGAAAACGUGUCUCGAAAAUCACUUCUCGCGAUACUCAAGUUAUUGUCGAGGACAAUGAUAACGGUACACGGUCUAUCAGCACUCAAACGGAGCCCCUGAAGCAUGGAAUGUUGCGAACUGUGGUCCAGAAGAAGCGGCUAAGUCGUCCCCAAAACGAACCACCGCCACCGCCACCGUCAAUUUUUCUACCACCCGAAUUGAAUGGCUAUGGGGAUGAGCAGGAUACGCGCAACAAAGCAGUUCAGACCCUAAAAACGGCCCUGGGACCGACUGUGGCCAAUCAGAAUAGCGAGAUAACAGGACAACUGGAUAAUCUGAAAGCUCUGAUGAGAAAACGGCGUGCCGAUGCCAUCGAUUGGGAUCGCGAACGUCUCGAUGAUCUGAUGGAGCAGAUCAAUUCCGAACCGCCGCCCAAGUGGCGUGUGGCCACAAAGUUGUGGGAGGAGGUUGAUAAACUGGAGGAACGUAUAAAAGCCUAUGAAAGGAAUGAAUCGCAGGCGACCACCGAUGAUAACAAUAAUAACACAACAGACAAGGAUGCUAAAUCCUCUGAUUAGAUAUUACACUGUGUACGCGUGUGUGUGUGUGUGGGUGUGCUUGGAUACUAAUUAUAAAGACAGAAACAAGAAAAA